UCGUAUGGUUCAUGACCAAUAUGUUUCCAGUACAGGGAAAAUCCCAGAAGAGGCCAAGGCCUUGUCACUUUUGGCACCUGCUGCCCCAGCGCCCAGUCUGAUUCCUGGUGGAGGACUGCUGCCAAUUCCUACUCCGGCUCCGCUUCAAAAUCUGAACCUCCCCAUAGUAAAUCGGCUGUCAGCUGCUCUGGACCCCACAGCAUCAGUGCUUUCCCAGCCCCCCCUCAUGGGAAAUGUAGACCCUUCAAAAGUUGAUGAGAUCAGGAGGACCGUCUAUGUUGGCAACUUAAACUCACAGACCACCACUGCAGACCAGCUGUUGGAGUUCUUCAAGCAGGUGGGAGAUGUAAAGUUUGUGCGAAUGGCUGGAGAUGAGACGCAGCCGACGCGCUUCGCCUUCGUAGAGUUUGUUGAGCAGGAGUCCGUCGCCAGAGCGCUGACCUUCAAUGGAGUCAUGUUCGGAGACAGACCCCUGAAGGUUAAUCAUUCCAAUAAUGCCAUUGUAAAGCCCCCAGAGAUGACGCCACAGGCUGCUGCUAAAGAGCUAGAGAGUGUGAUGAAGAGGGUGAGGGAAGCCCAGUCUACCAUUGCUGCUGCCAUCGAGCCAGCUGACUCAAAAAAGCGUUCCUCCAGUCGGUCCAGAAGGUUACGCCGCUCCCGCUCGCGGUCUCGCUCCCGUUCACACUCAAGAAUGCGCAGGAAAAGGUCCCGAUCGAGACACAGACCGGCGCCGAAGCUGUGGCCGAGGAACGACUCCCACAAUUCCCGAAGCAGCCACAGGAGGCGCUCUCGCUCCAGAGACAGGAGACACAGUCGAAGUCGCUCGAGGGGCCACAGGAGGAAGAGUAAGGAUCGGUCCAGGAGCCCUCGGAGGAAAGCCAGAUCACCCUCACCAAAAAGAGGCAAGAAAGACAAAAGGAGGGAGCGCAGCAGGGACCGAAAGGAGCGCUCCACAUCCAGGAAGAGGAGCCGCAAAGACGAGGACAGGAUAAAGAGCAAGGCCAAGCCAAUGAAGGUGGAAAGGGACUAUGACAGAGAAGAAAAGGACGACUAUGAAAGUGACAGAGAAGGCUCGGUGCCAUUCAGCGAGGACAUGAUGUCAUCACCCUCCACCCAGCAUAACGGCAGCUACAAAACUCACAGUGAGGAGUAUGCAUCUAUGGGUGCAGACGACACCAAGUGACUUUUACAUGUAAACUAAUCCUGCGUAUACACUCAUACACACCGGAUAACCACUCACGACGGCUUGUUUUUCUCAUCAUCACCACCAUCUCCGGUUCUGCGACCUGUUUUUUACAGCUCGGUCUUGGCAACACAUGUAUCCUGUAAUUCAGCGAAUUUUCAAUAUCACACUUACAAGGCAGAUGAGCACUCCGUACAGCAGAGAUAGCCUCACCUUUCCUGUUUAGUAGGGAAGAAUUUGGGGCCUUGCAGAAGAUGUAUAUGAUCAAUAUAACAGUGCAACACUAAAUACAACAGGCUCAGAAACAGUUCAACAAUAACUGGACAACAGCGGCUUCCCAAACACAGUGUUUGUUGCAAAGCUUUAAGGCAGAUGAUACAGUGUCCACCUCCCAUAUAUGUUUGCUGCUUCAAGAGCUCAGUCUUGUACCUCAGCAGACGAGAAAAAUGUGUGUGUCUUGUCGAGCCUCAGAGACUCCGUGUAGUCAGAGGAGACAGUCAUAUUUUCCCAGGCAGAGAUCCCACAGGAAGAACAGACUUACUACUUGUUUCUCCAGCAAUUUAAAGCCAGAUUUUACUUGUAGCUUUGUCCUUGGUUACAUGGAUAUUACCUUAUUUAAAAAAAAAAAGACCAAAGUUUUCUGUCCAUUCCUCCUCCAGUGACAUCUUGACCGUACACUGCAAUAGCCCAAACAGCCUGUAAUGCCUCUAAGACUCUCAGUAUUUACGUCAUACUGUAGCUGCAGUAAAGUUUUUGUCUUGAAAUUGCAAAAAGCAACAUGCAGCAGCCAUCUGCAGUGACAGUAAUAAAAUGUUUGUAUCAUACAUUAUGCAUCAUUUAUUUGUUAGGCUGGAUCAGCAAAGAGAUUCUGAAAUGUUUGCCUUUAUUACUACCCAGGCACCACUCGCCUGUGGUGCAUGAGAAUCAGUGGAAAAGUACGAUAUUCAAAUGAGUCAGCAAUACACAAAGGACAAAAUGUCAGGGAGCAGUUAAAUGCAGAAAAUUUUGAAUAUUUAAUCUGCUCAAUAUGUGCACAAAUGUAGGCAAAGCUUGGACUGGCAGCUACUCUGGAUUGCAACACAUUUUGAGCUUGAAACACUUCUUCAGGCAGCAUUUAAAGGUGCAGCCAGCAAAUUUUUAUACACUUUAUGUCAAAUUUAGCAAAUAUCCCCUUAACGGUUUGCUAGUUGUCCAUUCUGUGUGUGUGCAGAAAUAGAAAUAUGGUGUUGACACAAGGCCCUAGCUUUGAAAAUGUGAAGUUCCUCGGGCCGAGCCAUAUAAGAAUGUUCCAGCCAAGCAGUGAAAGGAAGCAUUCACACAAAGGCACAGGACAGGGAGAAGGCCCUGGAUGUAUAACGAGAGAGGCAGCAGGAGCAUGAGGUCUGAUUAAAAAAAAAGCGUCUGAUGGAGAGCUGAUGAGAAGGGUGUAUUUGUUUGAUUGUUGAGUUCAAAUAAUCCUUCUCUCGAUUUGCUGACUCCACAUUUAAUACAAACUGUAGGAAAGUUCUUGGCAAAUGACUGCAGUAAAUUCAUAUUAUUCUGUAAUGUCCAUCUACAUCUGUUUCUGUCUGGCUGUUGAGGGAAAAGUUACUUUAUUGUCAGUUGUAACUGAGUGACUUUUGAGCUGCUUUACAUUCUGCCUGAGAGCUCCAUUUGAAUUGUCCGUUUCUCGAAUGACUUUUAAUUUACUGACAGCCACUGUUUUCAGAAGCAACUUUUCCACUGCACAAAAAACCUGCUAACACCCGCUACCAUCUGCCUUUUUAAUGUGAAGGGAAAGGUAACAAACGGCAUUCACACCUGGGUCAAAUGUCUUGAUUUUUGAUGAAUGCGCUAAUUUUAGCUCCUUUACUCUCGAGAUGUAAUGGUGCUCCACUACAAAAUACCGCAAUUCUCUGCCCAAGCAGCACUGGAACAUUGUUCUUAAGUAGUGUGCAUACAGUUUGAAAGAGAGACUGAACAAGUAAGAGAUAUUUAAAAAGAAGUAACCGCCUUACAGUUUUCACAUGCCUCCAUGCUGCAUUCUACUGUUUAAUAACCUGUGUUCUGGCCUGUCUGUGACAUUGAACAUGACACUCCAAAAAUAAAUAAAUACAUGCAAAUAUAGAAAGGCAAACUCG